AAGAUGAAGUUAAAUGAAAGAGUAGGCGAACCACUCAGUAAUUGCUUCCAAGCGCCGUCUCUCUUUCUCUUUCAACGACGGUUGAUUGAUUCAUUUCAAAGAUUGACCUAUCUCAUCUAAGGUCAGCCAUUAAUAAAAAUUUCUAUAUCUAAUUAGAAAAUUAUAUAAUUAUAAAAAUGAAAAAGACUGCCGUACAGAGCUGUGUUACCUGAAGCCACGCAAAGAGUCUCUCUCCCACCUUAAAUACCUCUUCUUCUUUAACUCCUUAUAUAUAGUGAUUAAACAUGCUUCUUCCAUUUCUUAAACAGAAAGUAAACAUUUAAAAUGGGAAGCUUAUUCAUCCUACGUUGCUUCUUGUUAUUCUUCUUCUUGUUCUUGUGUCAAGGAGCGUUUGCAGCUGCAGGGAAGAUAUGGAGCAGAACAGAGAUGGUGGAGAUGGCUGGCUACGGUGAACAAAAACUCUCCUCUGUGAUCAUCGCCGGAUCUCUUCUUUGCGACACUUGGCGUCCUCACCUUCCCUCUAUAGCUAUUCCAGGUGCCACAGUUGCCAUCAAGUGCCACACUGGAUACAAAAGGAGAUCCAAAUGGAUUAAAGCUGUUACUGAUGAUUUGGGAGAGUUUGAAAUCGAUCUCCCUUCCCAACUCCACGCAAUCCCCGACAUGGAAAACACGGAAGAUCAAGUUACAGGGUCACAGUUCAAGAUCAUAGCAAGCUGCAUGGUGUCAAUAUUUUCAACUAAAGAUUUAAACAUUAAACAGUAAAUUUCUUGUUUAGCUGGCGCUUCAGUCACAGAACCGAGUUAGAGUCUCUCUCUGUUUCUACAUUGUUUUUGAUGUUUCCCACUAUGUAAUUAAGAACGAUGGUUGCAUCAUAUGUGUAAAGGUUCUCAUGAGUUUGAUACAAAACAGCAGUGUGGUCACAUUUGAAUA